AUGAAUCGUUUUCGGAAGCGGUCUGACGCGAAACGCAGUCAAGUCCCCGAUCUCCAGCACACGCACGAAAAGGACGCGCAAAAUAUACUUCCAGAGCUGCCUUCCGCCAACGAUUUUCGCACGUCGCUUAUCUUGCCUGACCUAUCUCGUCGAUUCUCCCUCCUCCGUUCGUCCACAGGCGAUCCCGUGUCGUUAGAACACCUCAGGACUAGGCUAGCAAACCAGCGAGCUCGUGGUGCACAGAAUCAAAUUACUGAGGAAGAGGAGGAUAUGUUGCUUGAGACUUUGGGCAAAUUGCGGUCGACGAAGACACCCUCGCCUGCCGCCUCCCAGGAGCACGUCGCUGAAACUGACGACUCAACGACUGUCACAAGGACAUCAAUACGUUCAACAGCUACAUCUUCUAGCGUUACAUCAUCCCCUAACUCACGUUCAAAACGAUACAGCAACAACCUCUUCGGCUCAGGGCGCCUACGAGACUACAACUAUUUGAAGAGCGUCGCCUCCUCCAAGGCCUCAAUUAAUAGCACUCGCGCCCUUUCAUUAACUCCUACAGAGGUGUCAACGUCGGCAAGAGAAGCAUCUAACACCAGCAUACGACCUGUCACCCCUGAAAACAGUAUUCCUUCUUCAGUCCAGUCCAGUCCAAGUCCAAACGAGGAUGGCCUUGUUCAUAGCGCCCCUCACAUCCCUCCGGCUCCAUUUGGCGACAAUGCGCCGAUUUCCGUUGCUGAGUAUCGUCUGCAAAAAGCCCUAGGACCGUCUGUACUUCGUGCCUCCAUGGCGCUCGAGGAGGCCAUCAAGGAGAUUGAAGACGAGGUUGAAGAUGAAAUUUUGCUGCCCCGUUCUGUCCCCGUCCCGCGUAGUAGUUUGGACCAGCCUACAGCUGAAGUGCAACGGGAGAGUCAGGUUUCUAAUAACAGUGCUCUAUAUGAAGCUGCAAUGGCUAUAUCUAUUGACCAGACUAUACACUCUGAAUUCAGUGAACGCAGGCAGUCACCUAUACCCGCUCGAACUGUUCCCGGCUACAUCCCAGGCAUGCCCAGGCCCAUGACACCUCGAGACUUUGACUUUGACGAGCAACGUUCGCAUUCUACUACACCUCGCGCGCAAUCACCCUAUACCGAAUCAUCCCCGCUAUCUAAUAGUGCUUCAAGUAAGGUUAGGCGCGAAUCAAUAUCCUCGGUAACAGCGAGAUCUACACCUAUUACACCUGUGGCAGCUGCCCCACUAUUUCUUCAAAGAAGUACAAAUGGACGGUAUACGCCAGACGAUAGUCAGCGUGCAUCAGGCGGUGAUUCUGUCGAAUUUGAUAGCCCGUUGAACUCAUCUAUUCUUGGUCGUCGUAGACCUGCAUCGCCACUCUCAGGCCCAUCGUAUCAGCCGAUGACAGCAGUCACAAAUCGACCUCCUUCACGGCCCACAACGCCUUCCAACGUAAUCUGGACACCCAGUGUCAACAGCAGUAACGGGCAUAGGAACAAUCGCAGUGGUCACGGCCGGAAUAACAGUUUGACAACAGAGGGACCUGCUUUAGAUUCAGAUUAUCUUCGUUUUGAUCGACAUCAUCAGUUGGGACCUCGCUCUCUAAAGUCUCCUGCGUUUCCCGACUCUCCCACUCUUGACCCAACCGCGUCAUAUUCAUCUAAUUUCGCGAAUAACAUCCUGUCGAAUGGCAGUAUGAUAUCGGCUGAGCGACCACAGGCUUAUAUUCCCGAAGUCGAGCUAGGUUCACCCAUCCUGGGUGCCACACUUGUGCCACGGUCGGCCACCCCGACGCAAACAGCUCAGCGGUCUCCUAUUUCUCCUAGCUUCUCCAGCUUCGAUCUUUCACCACGCAAUAUCAGCAGGCGAUCCUCUCGGCAAAACCCCCCUUCAUCUCCCUUCAAUAUUGGCCCUUUUCCCUCUCUUGGGCUGUCACCUCGUGCCAAUUCUUCGCGGUCUUCACUCAAUUCGGUGGGCUCGAGUUUCCAUUCAUGGGAUGAACCGGACAAAGUUUUUAGUGUAUUUUCGGACGCGAAAGAUCAACAAGCAAUUGCGUGGCACGAUUUGGAUAAGGAACUGAACUCUAUCCUGCCAGGUCAGGGCUCUCUGGAUGACGAUGAAUGGGACCCAGAAGAGAUCAUUGAGCGGUAUGCUGGCCUUAAGAAAGCGGACAUUGCAGCUGUGCAGGAAAAACUUGUGGCUGCAGCUUUUGCCAAGAUAGCGAAUACCGACCCUCGAGAUCGUGCACCUUCUGCGUUGAGACGGCGGCGGCCGUCAACCUCACAAUCCAAUUAUAGAGUUGCGAGUCCUCCUCCACAGAUGCAAACUCCCGCCUCUCCUUCCUAUGUCGUCGAUGAUAAACUUUCAAAAGCCAGCGCUCUGCUCAAUUCUGUGGUUGACAGCAUUAAUGAACGACCUUCUACACCGACUGUCAAUGUCAACGCUGCUGUUUCUAAUCUCACCCUCGAGGAUCUAGAAGUAUCUCCCAAUACUCGACGUAAUCGUGAUCUAGCGCAUGUUCUUUUUGGUAACGAUGAAGAUGGAAAAGAGGAAGAAGAACCUGCAGGUCCAGCUCCAGAACAACCGAAACCAGACCCCGUCUUCUCUCCUCCUGCACCUAUUGCGAUCUCCACUUCAGAGUCUGUCACCACUGAAUCUCCAUCUCUGACAACAUCUGUUCCUGUUUCUCCUACCCAACCAAAUGCUAUCCGAUCACCCUCAUUUAAUUCUCCCUAUCUAUUGUUACGCAAUCCUUCUACACCCAAGAUACCCCCAACUCCUCAAGAACAGGCAGAACUUGCUCGUGCCGUCCAAGAAAAGACCGAUGCCGCUAUGUUGGCUCUCAACAAAAAUCCGUCAAGGACUAAUUUAGGUGACGGCUUGAAACAGGUGCCCUCUGUUCGCAGAAAGGUGGAUACAAGCCAGAUAUCCACACCAAAACUCUUGUCUACUACAACCAGUGUCGAAACGAUACCCCUCCGUACCCCUUCAUUAUUAUCUAACAACACAUCCAGCCCUGGCGCAUCCAAGCUUGGAUCACGGUUCAAGAAACUACGAGGAUCUCUGCGUGCCAAAAAUAUUGCUUCAUCUGGCGAGGAAACUGUUACUCCUGAUACUUCUAAAUCGCCGUUGGCUAGCCAGACAGCUUUUUAUGAUCCUGCUAAAAUCAACCCUCCCGGCGCACCUAAACUUUCAAGUGCUACUGAAACAGGUCGAUUCAAAGUGCCAGUACCUAGCCCACCUGCUUCUGCAGGACCUGGUUUGAAAGGAUUCAUGGCUAGGUUUAGGAACAAGCAACGCAUGUCGGAGAAUUCUUCUAGCGGAGAGAACCCAUUCCCCGGAACAAGCUUACCUCUCAGUCCAACAUCUUCUCUCACACCUCGUCAAGUUGAACCUACCACGCCCAAGCAGAUGUCUCCGACUGAUAGAAGUCACACAUCUACUCCUAGGCCUGCGGGUCAACCUCGUCCUAUGUAUUCCAGGUUUCCGCCUGCGAAUCCCCCUGUAGCUCCAUCGCCACCUCAGCCUACACACACAAAGGAGCCUAUGAAAUCGCCGGCUGAGACGACUCAAUUAUCGGAUGCUGCUUUGGAACAAUUCUUUGCUGCUGCAAGUAAUAUAGGUCUCGAUGAGAAUGUCAUAAAUGCCCUGUUGGCCCGGUCUGGGUCUACUUCCUCUCGUAAUCUUUUGGCAAGGAACAACUCCGUUGCUAAGCCGCAACCAACUCGUCAGAAUGAUAGCAAAGUGGAUGCCGAACCGGUCGCGUAUGUGGGUAGUACUGGGUCAGAUCAGACAGCUACACCCACGAGUUAUAUUGUUCCUCCAGAACAGCAGCUCCAGCCACCUUCCAAAUCCGAGCUUCGCCCUGCUACCCCAGAGGAUGUUACAGUGACAAGAAAGCCUUCUGCCCGAAGAACCGAUCAAUUACGGCGACCGAAAGAAGGGCAGGCAGAGAAUGCUGGAAAUGCGAUUGUGCGUAGGACAAUCCUAAUUGCAUCCGAUUUAUCACCGUCAGAUUUUACUGCGUUGAGCGCUCUCACACAACGAAAAACAUCUAUGCGUAAAAAACGUGCCAGCGCAACCUCUGUGUCCAGCCGUUCAGUUCACGACCGUGCACCAACGCCUCCUCCCCCGAAGUCACCGACCAUUAAGCGCUUCUCUGCUGACGGCAUGCCGCCGAUACCUCAGAUGCCUAACUUUGUUGGUCAAGCAGGUAAAAUGUUGAAUGCGCCAUCUACGUCAGCAGCGGGCCCUAUCGAGAAGUCUAACUCGACAUAUGACUCCUUGUAUGACAUGUAUGCCGGAGAAUCUAGAGCGGCCAGUGCAGCACCCAAUGAUUCGAAUUCAUUGGUCGACCAAGCAGCCUCAAAGGGUGAAUAUUUGGCCGCAUCCGACGGCCCUGCUCUAGAAAUUAUCCAGUUGGCUAAUGGAGAGACUAUAUGGAACAUCGUGAAUGGUUUGCGCGACGGCGACGACGAGUCUAUAUACUCCGGUCGUGCCAGUUUUGCAUCAGAAUAUUCCACCCGUGAACCUGGAAAUGACGGUUUGCAGGCAUUCAUGAAAGAGCAUGCCCGAUCAGGUUCAAAGGGCAGCAUAUCUUCCUUUGUUUCUAAAAAGAAACCUCAAGGGAAAAAUCGCCCUGAGACCAAUGUUUUCUACAGCUCCUCGGCACAAAUAGGCCGCCUAAUCGAGAGCCUUUCGCAAGGCGCUGACGCAGGAUCAUUCAACAUCAUCCCAAAUCGCGGUCCAGGCCACUCUAAUUCGUCGUCUUUAUCCACCAACGAUAUCAAUUGGACAGUGGAAGAGCGUCUAGAACAUAUGUUGGGGUCUAUGAACAACGCCCCAUAA